AUGGAGUGGGUUCCAUGCGAGGAGCAGGUGGGGACGUUGGGUUGCCGCGAGGGGCACUGUGCAACGUGUCUGCUGGAGAGUGGAACCGGCGAGGCGUGGGUACUGUGCGUCGGGGGAUACUGCGACGGCGAGCGUGAUGGCGCCGUCAUCGCCAGCAAAGUCAGCGCCUUGCCCGCUCUGCGCUGGGUGACUCUCAGCCGCGGUACGGCGUGCUUCGAGUGCGACGGCGCCUCCCUUACGCGUGCCGGCGGCGACGCCGCAGCUGUCGCGUACCUCUUCGGGGGGCUAGACGCUGCGAUGGAUCGCUGUAACCGUCUCGUGUGUCUCUCUCUGCAGCACGCUGAAGGCGGCCCCACACUCAGCGCGGUGGCGUUGCAAGCUUUGGGAGACAUCCCGCCGCCUCGCACGCAACACUCCGCGGGGGGCACAGGGACACAUCUCUUUGUAUUUGGUGGUGAAACGGAUGAUGCGGAGCAGAACAAUGACCUGUAUCAGCUGAGCCUUGACAGACUGGUAUGGACAUGCGUCAGGGUGGGACCGAAAGUCCCACCGCCUCGUCUCCUUGCGGGACCACUCGUGUUCGUUUCGUCUCAGGUGUGUGUGUUGUAUGGAGGAGCGCACUUCAUCAAUGGCGACAUAAAGAGUCUAGAUGAUGUCUGGGCCCUUGACGUUUCGAGCGGUGGCGAAUGGUCGCAGCUGCGGAGCGACGUUGAUGAUAAGGAUGGCGGUGAUUCCAUCUUCCCGAGAUCAAAUGGCCAUGCAGGCGGUUUGCUCCGCUGUCGAGACGGCAUCGCUGCCGUGUUUGUUGGCGGCAAGGAUGCUGCGGAGGGUUGUGACAAGGCGAAGCAAGUGGAACUGAGCAACAUAGCGGGGGGCCGCUCUUAUUUGAGUCUUGUGGAGCCUGCACUGACGGGCAGCACCGAGGGACCGCACUGGCGCUACACACCGGCGGUGGCAGAGACGCGCUGUGGUCUCGUUCUGCUGGGCGGCCAGUGUCGUCAUCCACAAGAGGUGACAACAUUCCUUCUGCGCCACUCGGAUGGUGCUGAGAUGUGCUGA